CUCGGUUUCCAUCCCACGUCUUCCAUCCGACUCGAUAGCGCCACCUCGACACCUGGCUGUACAUAUCGGCGCAUGCCACAGCGACGCUCAUCACCAUAAAGAGCAACGGCCAAUGCCAUGGACGGGACAUACGGGAACAUCUUCCCGACAAACAACAACCCACUGUUAGUUGCCCUGCUCCUAGCUUGCCCCUUUCCAUGAUGCCCGAGCAGGUCGCUUCUCAGCCCGCAGUUGCUAAACGCCCAUCCGACACCACACACAGAAACCCCGGCGCUCCGAAUUCGAACAACAAAUACCAAAUCAACGUCAACCGCUCAAAGACGAAAAAAUGGGCCAACUUCAAGCCACAGAACUACGACGGUGAUGAUUGGGGAAGCGAUGAAUACGACGAUGUUGACGAGGAACCUCCAUCCGCCCUUCGGCAGCCUGUUAAGCAGUACAAGCCAUAUACACCAGCAUUGCAUCUACAAACUCAGCAACCGCCAGCUGCUCCCUCGGGCCGUAUCGCUCAGAUGGUAGCCGCCUCUUCCACGCCAGCGACACCGAAUGCUCUGCAAAGAGCGGGCACCUUUGGACAACCCCAAUUCGAUGCGCCUCCGACCAGUUCACCCGUGGUUGGAGGUAAACAGGCUCUUCCGUCCAUGAUGCGCGUGGCUACGAUGCCCCAGAAUGUCGGCCCGGCCUCUACACAGUUUCCACCGCGCAAGAGCAGCAUGGGUCCUCGCGAGAUACCGGACAUGACUGACCCGACCCGCCAAUCCAGGUCUACCACUUGGGCCGUCCCAACGCAAAGACCGUGGUCAGACGCUCGAUCAGCCUCCCCCAACGCCAGGUCCCCGGUAUCACCUAACAAGCCGCUGCCCCUUCCCCGACCUACUGAUAGAUAUCGACGAAUGGGCGAGGACAACAACGCGGGGCUGCAAUCUUCGGGAUCCGUAAACCAGGGACAGCUGGGUAACGGGGCUCACACUGCGGGCCUAAACUCGGGACCAGGUCACCAGGAACGUCGAGGUAGUGCAGCAGGCAAUGAAGGUGGUGAUAACUCGUGGGGUCGGAGGCCAAGUCUAGCUCCAGUGAUGGAGCGAAACAGCGAGUAUGGGGCCGAAGGAAUGCUCGCCGGGCCUGCGUCGAAGGAGUCUGGUGUCGAACCUGUCGCUUUUGGAGAAGAAGAGGACAAGGUUCGGCGGUUCUCGACAAGUCCCAAACUGCCGGAUCUGACACGCUUGUCGGGGUUCGGAGAAGAUCUGUUUUCUACUCGGUUUUCGGUUCUAGCGCCUCAACUGGCUUCCAUUCCAGACAUCUCGAACCCUUCUAGCCCAGCAAAGGCUCCUGAACCAGAAGGGAUCUCUACAGACGAACGUGCCGAAAAGGGUGGUAACUCGGAAAACGGUAUCGUUACACCGGCAAAUCCCAGUGUGGCGCCUACCUCACUGCCAGUCGCCGAACCUAUGUCUACCGCACAAGCGCCACCACCUUCUACCUCUAUUGGGGGUGCGGCAGUGUCUGAUGCAACACCGCAGUUGGCACAGAAAGCCAUUCGCUCUCAAUCACCGCCUGACGAGUCUGUUGGGCUGCGGUACAACCAAGACGAUGCUAAUGAAUCCCAUGCAGUUGCUAACGCUCCUCAACAACUGCCAUCUACGAUGGAAACGCCACAGGAAACGAUUUCAUCUGAUAUGGACAAACAGCCUGUUCGCCCGCGCCUUCCAGGUGGUUGGGUAACCGAAACAUUAUCCACGCCAGGAGAAACUCCCCCGCCUGCUCGUAACGAGACUUUUUCGAACAUGACGAGCAACUUUCCCCAGCCUCCAAGUGCGUCACUCGUCGCCAAAUCCCAUGCUGAUGCUGAACGUGCGUCAAACGGCGGUCAGUCUCAACAGCACGACCCAAGCGAAACGAGUGAAGCAGCUAUCGAAUCCUCCCAUUCGACGUCUGAUAGAGAAGCUGCUCAGGCAACACCCACCUCAGAUAAGGACAUUCACGCAAGUCUUGCACCGACAAUGGAACCUUCAAAACACCGGGACAUAACUCCGACUGCGCCGUUAAACUUUAACCGUGGCUUGCUAGGGAGCAAGUCUGCCGAGCCACUGCACGUGCUACCUUCGCCAAACAUGGGUGGUGGCUCGACCUUGAAUACACCCGGCGAUUCUCCACUCAAAGAAAGUGACCUGCUCAGGGAUGAGAUAACCAAGUUUUUGGGUGACCCUGAGAUAUCUGGCAGCUUUCUGGAUAUUUCCCGGUCAUCGACAACACCAAAUCACCCUGUUGCAGAUGCUACCCGGGAGAGCAGCUAUUUUGGAGAUGUCUACGGUGACUAUUUUGCUGCGAGCGAGGACAACCAAAGUCAAACCAAACUGGGGGCUACCACGCAACCAGCCGCAACAGAUACACUUACACCCGUGGCGGCUGGCACGUCAAAGGCUGUUGUUGUAGCGCCUCUCUCUGUUGCUACCUCUACAAGUUCUGGAUCUGGUGCUGCUACUUCGGUGUCCAAGCAAGAUCCGACUGGGGAAACGGCUGGGGCUUUUGAGUUGCGGCGUCGCUUUUCCUGGGAAGGACCGUCCGAGCAGGACGCCUCAAACGCUCCUGAAGUGGAUCCUGCAUACCAUGUCGAGCAAAAGUCCCGGACCUCUGGCCCUGAUGGUGUUUCUUUGGCUUCUUCGACGCCAGCUGCAGAAAAGAUCGGAGAAACAAUGGCACUCACGCUGUCGAAUGCCGACGAGUCGCUUCCUAUUCCGACCGAAACUGAGAACAAGCCGGCUCCAGAAGCAUCGGGUGGGAUAUCUCAUGACGUAUCAGAAGUCAGCACGCUUCCAUCAAGGUCAAUGUUAGAGCCGGCUUCUCCCAUCUCUGCUGGCUCAGAUGAGGCUGAAUCCCGCCGUCGGGCGCUCUCCUUGGCUCAAGAUCAGGCUCUUCCUCAACCUUUAGACCAGCAUCCCGCUUUUGGGGAGAAGGCUUCCAUUCGCCGUGGAUCAUCGGGACCAAAAGACCCGGUCAAUAUCAUAUCGUUUCGACAAAUUAUGGAUAUGCCUUCAUCAUCGGAUCGACUCAAGCAUUACAACGAAACCCGACUGCAAUUUGCCGCUAUCGACACCGGAUUGGAGGAGUGGCUCCUGGCUAUGAAAUCCAAGUAUCCCGAACACUCGAACGCUACGUCAUCCUUCAAAGACUCAUUGACGAUACCUGUUAUGUCAAUGGAUAAUCAGCAAAGCGGAGAGGUUCUGUCACUUCAGCAAGGCGGGCGGCCAGGAACCAACAUGCCAAUGCCGCCAUCGUUGCCCUACGGGCACUCGGGCUUCGCACAUUCUAGCCAGCAGGUUGGGACCAAAGGCAAAGAACUUCUUUUUGCAGCUGGCAAGGCCGGGAAGGGUCUGCUCAGCAAGGGAAAGAGCAAGUUGAGGGGAACCGGCGACAAGGUUUUCUUCUAGGUUUCCGUCUCAUCUUCGUCGGCACGUGGUUCUGCUUCGGUUUAGUCUUGAUUUGGCUUUUAGCAUUACUGGGACUAUUCUCCCAUCUAAUGAACUCUUUUCGAUUGGGCGUGGCCUACUGGGUUGUGGAUUCUGACAGAGCACGCAAUCCGGACCGCAGACAUUCUAUACAUCUGA